AUGGGUGCUUGGGGUGCUGGUUAUUUUGAUAGUGAUAUGUCCUGUGAUUGUUGGGCUGAAUUAAGACAUGAAAAUACUGAAAAUGCUCUUGAAUUAAUUAUAACUUAUUUACAAAAUGUUGUUAACAAUAAUUCUUAUAUUGAAGUUGAUGAAACUGAUGCUGCUAUUGUUUGUUCAUUACUUGUAAUUGUUUUAUUUACUAAUUAUAAUUGGAUUAAUGAAACUUUUACAGAAAAAGAUAUUCCUAAAUAUGUUCAAGAAGAACUUGAAAUUUUUUUAAAUCGUUAUCAAAAAAAUUGGGAUGAAAAUUAUAAAAAUAAACAAAUUGAAAUUAAAAUUAAAAUUGGUGAACAAAAAGAGGUGGUAAGUAUCCCAAAAUUGGCAAAUUUAUCAUUAAAACAAGUACUUAAUCCUAAAAUUAGUGAAUCUUGUGAAUUAUGGGUGGAAACAGAAUAUUAUGAUGAAUGGAAACAAAGAAUUCAAAUACUUGUUGAUAAAUUGGAACAAAUUCAAACAUCACAAUAA